CCUCCUAUAGGGCCAGCAAACAGACAAGCAGGCAAAAGGCGCAAACGGACUCGGACAAAGAGGAAGAAACCCGUCACCCUCCUGUGGCUGACCUCGUCCUCUCCUCUGUGGCCUUGGCUUUGGCAUGGUAGCAAAGGUGAAUCUUUAACUCAUGCUACUGUGUCUGAGUGAUACGUGGACUGUGGAAACAUUCAGUAUUUAGACACUGAAGUGAGAGUAGGAACACGCACACAGAGAACACACAUACCAUCACCUAUAGAGAGAGCAACACUUAGACCUCCAUUCUUUUUUUAAAAACAUUUUUUGUUUUCUUGUCUUUUGAGUCUUUAGCAGAUCAAGAAGGUAGCUAGCUAAGUCAUUAUCCAUUUUCAGUGAGCAGACUUUGUGUUACACUGUGAGGGUGCACUUUGCUGCAUACGGUGCACUGCUUGACGAUGGCCACAGCUGCACUGGAGAUUAUGGGCUUCUUCCUGGGCAUUCUGGGUAUGAUUGGGAACUUGGCGGCCACCCUGCUGCCUUACUGGGAAACCUCUGCACACAUUGGCUCCAACAUAGUCACUGCCAUCGACAGCACGAAGGGCCUGUGGAUGGAAUGUGUCCACCAGAGCACCAGUGUCUUCCAGUGUGAGACCUACAGCACCAUCCUUGGCCUGCGGGCUGACUUGCAGGCGGCCCGGGCGAUGAUGGUUAUCGCUAUCAUCCUCUCCAUCAUGGCCUGCAUGGUGUCCAGUGUGGGGAUGCAGUGUACUGUGUGCAUGGAUGGAUCCAUGGCUAAGACCAAGGUGGCUGGACUGGGAGGGGGCCUCUUCCUGGCAGCUGGCUUCUUGUCCCUCAUCCCUGUGUCCUGGAAGACUCAUGAAGUGGUGCAGAACUUCUACCACAUCAACAUGCCCGAGGGCUUCAAGUUUGAGAUUGGCAGCUGCCUGUAUGUAGGCCUGGCUUCCUCUAUUCUGUCUCUAAUAGGGGGAGGCCUACUGAGCACGUCCUGCUGCGACGACCCAGAUAGGAAUCGGCUUUUCAGGCGCCAUGGUGGUGGGUACCCAUACCCCGACCGCACGGGUACCAGCGGCGUGGCCCGUGGGGGCACUCACUCUGUGCCCUACCGCCCGACUGGCAUCACCCUGAACCCAACCAGCAAGACCCAGACCCUGGCCAGCCAGAUAAGCACAAGCAGCCACUCCACGGCUGCUGCUCACGGCUCGAGGAAACCAGCACAGCAGAAUCCAGCAGCCGGCUAUGACGUUACAGGGUAUGUCUGAAGACUUGUUCGUCUAUGGUUCAUUUCUGUUGCUCUUUUGCACCACUACAUAAAAUAGACUAUAGUGGCUAAGUUGGAGUGACUGUAAAAAUAUGUUUCUGUCAGUGACAAUGUAGGGCACAGACAACUGGAUAUCUAGAGGAAAAGUGGGCAAUUUUUCUCUCCCCCUUUACAAAGCACAACAUUGUCACAUUUUAUGCUGAAUGCUUUAAAAUAAACAAAAUGUGUCUCUAAAUGAAAGAAAUCAGUACCUCUCAGUUCAACUGUGCAACUGUGCUUGGGACUUCUCUGUGUAAAUACACAGAACUGAUGUUACCCAAUGCCUAUUUGGCUGUUAAACAAGUAUCUGUAAGAAAGAUAACUAAAUGUUUUUUGACUUCAGAAAUGUUAUAUAACAAAAAUAUAAAUGCAGGAUUUUUUUUUUAACACUGUGUAUUUUGUAUGAAUACAUACAGUAUUUGACAGAUUGUGUUGUAAGUUUAGUUUUUUUUUUUUUUUUUUGGGAUGCUACUAAUAAAGGAGAUUAAAAAAUCACAAUACACAUGGUUUUGGAGCUACAUUAAAACACUACAAUGCUAAAUUACCUUGUUUGCUUAAAGUUUAAAUGCAUGAAUUAUGCAACAUCAUAUAUCCAUGUUGUAGAGUGAUGCCAUAUUAUUAUGACACUGAUAUAAAACUUUUGCAAAGAUUACAGCAAAGUCAGUGUUAAACAUCGCAAAAGCGUAACUCUGUAUUAUUCUAAUUCUCGGUCUAAAACAUUCCCAACAAUCAACAGCCCAUUAUCACAGUUAGCAUUGUAAGGUAAAUGCCUGACAUUACUAGAUUGCGAAGCACAGCACAGAAAUCAGUUGCAUUGAUUUUAGAUUAGUGAUUCCGUGAGAAAAAACGUUACUGUAAACACUGCAGUGUAUUUUUUUUUUCCUGUUGCUCAAGCACAGCAACGACUUCCCUGUUCUCGGUAGUCACUACACUGUGCUGAGCUCAAGGCCAUAAGACAGAUGGAUUUUAGUGACCU